AUGUCAAAGAACCUUGACGGGUUCGUACCUAUACAUUCAAUAUUCUAUGCAAUAUUCCAUCCAACAGAAGGAACUAAAAUAAGGUUUCAAUUUCCUCCCGAUAGCUUGAAAAAUAGUGGAAUUAGCUUUGAUACUAUUAAGAAUUAUAUCAUCCCUAAGCCGCAAUUAUGCAAUAAGUUGUUGACUUUUAAAUACAAGUCUUAUCGGCUUGUGUGCUUUCCAGUUAAUGUAAACGCUCCAUACUAUGCUCGGAAUUCGUUCAGUUUUGAUUUCGUGUUCGUAUUUCCUUACGAUUCGCCUACAUCACCAUAUGAACCCGCAAUAAUAAGAUUGGGAAAAAUGUUUCGAAUACUAGAGGAACAGUCACAAUUCUUAUCCAAGAUUGAAAGAGAUCCUGUAUACUACCAAUUAAAGACCCAAGAUACUAACCAACUUGAUCAUAGUGGAGAAGAUUCUGACUCGAAAAACGGAUCUCAUGCUAGCACUAAAAAAACGGUGCAUAACCAUGCUCAUAUGAGGUACCAUGAAAUUAUGAGGCAUAUAAAGAAUGAAGGAAAACAAUUCUAUAUUGAAGAUCUGAUUACAAAGCUUUACGAGGAUUUAAACAAUUACUCGGAGUGUUUGAUACCUAUGGAUUCUGGUAAUGCCAUCGAUAUCAAACUUUUUCCAUUACUACCUCCUCCAAAUUCAAGUCUUUCCCUUGAAGACGUACCGCUUUCUAAAGUUAAUCUAUUAAGCUUAGUGGAUGUUAAUUGGGAUCCUACGAUGGUAAAAAUUGUGCCAUACAUAAACGGAAUAAACAGCAUAGCUAAAAUUGCUAAAUGCAGUAAUAGCGACAUUGAGUUGGUCCUAGAAUGUGUGAAGCAUUUACUAUACUAUGAUUGUGUAGUAUUGGUGGAUAUUUUCCAAUUUAGCAACAUUUACGCACCUACAAGUCAGCUUCGUGAAUUUUUGACUGACCCAUCAAUCUCAAAAGAAUGCCAAAUAUAUGUUUUAGCCAGUGAUGAUUCUGGUGUUUACAAUUUUCCAUUUGAAGGCAGGUCAUCCCCAAAUUCCAGGGAUAACAUGGAACCCUCCAGUACAAUAUAUAAUACUCACAAGCCGGAUGCAGUCCCAAGGGCGGACUCUUUCACAUCCCAUCAAGAUGGUGUCCAAAAAAAUUCAAUGAAUAACUCUUUUUAUUUAACGCCAUCAUAUACCCAUUCUAGUCGAAAUUCAGAAUUCAACCAGAUCGGUAAUCAAGGGUAUUCUAAGAGAACAUUACCAACCAAGAGUUGCCUAUUUGAUUUAUAUCGAUCAUUAUCCCAAGCCCAAACAGUUUCAGUAUGGUAUAAAUUAAACUAUGAUGCUAUUAGAGAAAAUCAAAUUGAUGUUCGCAGGUUCAUUACAUUUGGUAUUAUAAAAAAGCUAAUUUAUAGGUGUUACUCUUAUCCCGUUGUUAAAACUAUCGGAACUUUAGACAUGCUUAAACGAUUUGAUUAUGCCGAUGUUUUCAACACAUUUAUCGAUCCCAAAAAAGAUAACAGCAACAAUGUUUUUUCAACAUCAGACAUUAAGGUUGAUUUUGAUCAACCAUUGCCAUACAAAAACAAAUCUCCUUACGUCAGUAGUUCACAAUUUGCAAAUGAAAGCUUUCGCGAAAAUUACCAAAAGCCAUUGAGGGAUGGGUUACCCACAUCCUUUGAAGGUGGUAGAAAAUACUCUAUGAAUGAAGGUGAUAAUUUCAAGCAUAGCCGAAAGCAGAGCUCAAGCACCAAUAGUACGGCAACUGUUGUUUUUGACAUAGGCGAGAAACGUGGAAAUAAAGAACAUGAUCGCCGGGAUAGAUCCCACCAAGAUGUUAUCAGUAUUCUGAGAAAGAAAAGGCAGCAAGAAUUCUUACUACUACAAUCUGUACAUAACGUAGACAAUUCUGACAAGAUAGCCAUGCGCUUACAGAUGACUAAACACGAGGUUGAGCUAUUACUACGGGGGAUUGGCGAAUAUCAUAUCAUUAAUAGUUAA